GUAACAUAUUUUGUAACACAGACACCGUGGAGUUACCAAACGCGAGCAUUUCCAGUAGAAACAGCAACCGUACAAAGGAAAUGCGAUUGUUUGGACGUCGAAUUUAAGGUUCACAGUCAUGGCUCACACAUGCAUCCACUGGUUCCGUAAGGGACUCAGGUUGCACGACAACCCUGCGCUGCUGGCGGCUCUGAGAGACUGUAAGGUGCUCUACCCCUUGUUCAUCGUGGAUCCAGACUGUACCUAUGGGGGCAACAACCGCAAGAGGUUCCUCUUGGGAGCCCUCAAAGACCUCGACUGCAGUCUCCGGAAACUUAACUCCAGGCUGUUCGUUGUGACGGGAAAGCCAGAGGAAGUGUUCCCCAAGCUGUUCAAAGAGUGGAAUGUAACCAAACUGACCUACGAGUACGACACGGAGCCCUACAGUCUGAACCGGGACAGCAAAGUGACUGCACUGGCCAAAGAACAUGGUGUCGAAGUCUUCUACAAAGUCUCCCACACGCUUUAUGAUAUGGACAGGAUUAUUGAGGAGAACAAUGGGAAGACUCCACUUACUUACAAGAGUUUUCAAGGCAUAGUCAAGAGGCUUGGCCCACCGAAGAAGCCGAUUCCUGCUCCAGUCUUGGGCGACAUGAAAGAUGUGAAGACACCUUGUUCAGAAAAGCAUGACGAGAAGUAUGGGAUUCCUACACUUGAGGAUGUUGGCGUAGACGAUACUUCACUCUCAGAGGAGCUUUUUCCAGGAGGAGAGCAAGAGGCUCUCAGAAGGCUGGAUGAACACAUGAGCAGAACGGGGUGGGUCUGUAACUUUGAGAAGCCUCAGACAUCUCCGAACUCCCUGAGCCCCAGCACCACAGUUCUCAGUCCAUACGUGGCCUUUGGCUGCCUGUCGGCCCGAACCUUCUGGUGGAGGCUCAGUGACGUCUAUCGAGGGAAAAAGCACUCCGAUCCUCCAGUUUCCCUGCAUGGCCAGUUGCUCUGGAGAGAAUUCUUCUACACUGCCAGCGUGGGUAUCCCUAAUUUCAACAAGAUGGUGGGCAACCAUGUGUGCACUCAAGUGGACUGGGACACAAACGCUGAAUAUCUGGCUGCAUGGAGAGAGGCUCGGACUGGUUUCCCCUUCAUUGAUGCCAUCAUGACUCAGCUGAGACGAGAGGGCUGGAUCCACCAUCUCGCCAGACACGCCGUCGCUUGUUUCCUCACCAGGGGAGAUCUGUGGAUCAGUUGGGAAGAGGGCCAGAAGGUGUUUGAGGACUAUCUGUUAGACCACGACUGGGCUCUGAAUGCUGGAAACUGGCAGUGGCUCUCAGCAAGCACCUUCUUCCACCAGUUUUACAGGGUUUACUCCCCUGUCGCUUUUGGGAAGAAGACAGACAAACGUGGAGACUACAUCAAAAAGUACCUUCCUGUUUUAAAGAAGUUCCCAGAACAGUACAUCUAUGAGCCUUGGAAAGCUCCUCUGAGUGUCCAACGGGCAGCAGGGUGCAUUGUGGGUCAAGACUACCCACGUCCCAUUGUAGAGCAUGAGGUGAUAAGUAAGACAAACAUUCAGAGGAUGAAGCAGGCUUAUGCAAAGUCAUCCCAAAACAAGUCCGAGUCCCCCAUCAAAAAGACGGCCAGCUCAGAAUCCCCCGUCAAAAAUAAAGGUGUGAAGCGCAAGAUGACGUCUAUCGCUGACAUGCUUGUGAAGAAAAAGAGCAAAGGCGAGGUGUCAUAAGUUUUCUUGCAGUGAGAGAAAACUGCAUUUUCAGGUUUUGGUGACUUUCCAAUAUUGAAGCUCUAUUUGCAAGAAAUUUACUAUGCUUUUUUAUUGUAAAAACAUUUCAGUGGUUACAGUUUUAUACAUGGUUACUUUUAUAUCUUAACCUUUCAAAAUAUUAAGAAAUAAUGUUGGGUUUACAUGGGUUAGCUUUCAUACAGCAUCUUUGCUGCAUAGAGGUUGAAUCUGAUUUUCUCAGGAUUAAUGACCUUGUCUUGGAAGAACAAUACAAAUCUGUCACAUGACAGAUUGAAUGUGGUUCUAAGGUUUGGAUUCUGUAUGGUUUACGCUUGUUUUGUGGUGAAAUGAGGUGAGAAUGUAUGAUGUGUAGGCUACAGAUUGAAAACUUAAAGUCAACUUUAAAACAGAGGUAAAGAAACAAACCUUUAAAACUACAUUGUAAAGUUUAAGUAAAAUAGCUCAGUACAACAGUCUGUUAACAAACGACAUUAUUUACUUGUAUUGUGAAUAAUCGCUAUUAUUAUUAAAAAGAUGACUGUAGAUUCACUCUGUUAUUGACCUUUAGAACCAUUUCAUAAAGAACAGUUAAUUUUUUUCUUUAAAUUAUAAAACAUAGAAGAAAUAAAGAAAAACCAUUAUCUUUGAAGGUUUUCCACAAGAUCGAUGUAGAUAAAUUGAAAACUCAAAGUUGAAUUUAAACUUCUAAAUUAAUCGGCAGCAGGUCAACAACAACAGAAACUGUACAAAGCGUUCGCAUGUUGUUUAGUUAGUUUCCACAAAACCGAUCGCACUGUACAGGAUUAUUACACUUUGUAUUUUGGGACAUGACAUGGUUAGUAUGUGAAUGGACAAACCAGUUAAACCUUGAAAAUAAUGACUCAAAUGUUUCUAUUCAGUUCAAAUAAAAACACAAACUGCAUAAUUUCCUUUGACAAGAUGUUUUAAUUGUGCUUUCCAUCCAUCCGACUUCCUCGUUGCUUUUUCCAAUCUCAGGGAACAGAGGCGCAGGAGCCGAUUCCAGAGUGGACCAGAAUAAUUUACAAACUGGAGCACAUUCAGGAAAAACCUACAGAGGAACAGGAAGAACAUGCAAGCUCCAUAAAGAUAGGCCAGCGAGCACAACCUAGGCAUCAUCUCAUCAUGAGGGGAGAA